AUGUGGCUCUUGGAGCAGGAAAAUGUCUUCGAGGGCCGACAGCUCUGGCUUCGCCCCGGCAAGCUCUACCUCUUUGGCCGCACAGCCUCGGAACCGGGCCAGCUUGCCAUCUCCCACAAGACCAUCUCCCGGAAGCACAUGACCAUCAAAAUCGAGCCGGUAGCCGAUGGCCGCAGCUCAAGUAUCUCGAAGCGAUCCACUGUAACGAUUGAAGAUCUCGCGACGAAGACGGGCACAACGAUCGACGGCGAGAAGUACAAGGGAGAGAAGCAUGUCGUCUCCGACAAUGUCGCGGAGAUCAAGCUGGGAGGCUGCCCUGACAUUUUCCGGCUCUCGUGGCACCCUGUUGUGCUGAGCUUCAGCUUCACGAGCCGCGAAAUGCGAGAAGACCCCGCCCGCCGACUCCGCGACAUGCUCGAACAGCUCGACAUCAAAUUCACAUUUGACUACAACAUCCAACACACGACACAUGUGGUGGCGAAGAAGAGGAAUACGUCCAAGGGGCUGCAGGCGCUCAUCAACGGCCGGUACAUCGUCACCGACUCGUUCGUCGACGCCAUCGUGGCGGCUGCGCUGCCGCCCGACGGGGCCGAAGCAACAGAGGCGUCGGCUCUGGAGCAAGACUUUCAGGCCUCCUGGCCAAACCCUCUCGAGCACCUCCCGCCUCGCGGCGGCGAGCCUGUGGAACGGCCGCCGGAUGCGUAUGCUCCGGAUGAAGCGCGGAAAGAGAUCUUUGAGGGUUACACAUUCAUCUUCUACGACAGAAACCAGUAUGACAAUCUCCUGGCGCCGAUCACCAAUGGCGGCGGCAAGGCGCUGCACACCGAGGUCACCCCCGAAAAGACAACCGUGGACGACUUUGUGCUGUUUGUCAAGACGGAGGCGGGCGAGAAGGGCCUUGGGUCUUUCGAGGACGGGAGCGAAGGACGCGGCGUGGUCGUCGUCCGCUUCACCCCUGAUAAGGGUGACGACACUGAAUGGUACGCGUCGUUUUUCUAUGAGACAUCGCUGCGGCUGGACCACCGCCCCAUUGAACAAAAUGAGUUUCUCGAGGCUAUCCUCGCCAAGGAUGCCAGCAUAUUACGGAGGCCUCUGCAGACCGAAACAGUCCAGGACAGCCCGCCCAGAGCAGCGCGGAAACAAGCAGCGACUAGAGGCGGCGAUGCCAUGGAGAUGGAUUCUGCGCCAGCCCCAGAUGCACAAUCACAGGACGUCUCGGAGUCUUCGAUACCUGGCCCACGACGUGGCCGCACGAGACGACAAGCGACUCGACGGUUUGCAGGGUUCGAUGAUGACUCUGAUGACGACGAUAAGGGCAAUGUGCCACAGGCUUCCACACCAAACACACGAGCCAGCGGGCCUGCCGAGGAAGCAGAAGACGAAGACGAAGAAGAAGGUCUUUUCGUGUCCCAAGACCGCCGGGACGAAGCGCCCGCCACCAGAUCGCAGCGCAAGCGGCCAGCGCCCGACUCAGCAGACCUCAUGGACGGCCUCAUCCCCACAGCAGCAGCCGCCAAGCGCCGGCGCAUCGAAGCCGGCGAGGACCCGAUCCGACAGCAGUCGCCCGACGAACCCGAGGAGCCAGCGCAGCCAAAGCCGGCACCGAAAAGGGUCAAGAGGGAGAUCGACGUCCUGGAGGAAGCACGCAAGCGCCGCGAGGAAAUGGAGGCCCGCGCCAAAGCGGAGCGCGACGACCUCGCCAAUGUGCCCUCGGACAUUGAUCUCGACGCCAUCCGCCGCCUCCACAUCGUGGAAGAGAUGGGGCUGCGGAAACCGGGUGGUGAGCGCACGCGCGAGCAGGACGUUGCCGACGGACGGUGGGACCCGCGCUGGAACGGGCGGCGCAACUUCAAGCGGUUCCAGAAACGAGGCGCCGCGCAGGGCAGGGCGGUCAUGAAGGUCAUUGUGCAGGUGUCGGAGGUUAAGAAGAAGGACUUCGGCAUCGGGGACGACUACUGGCUCGAGGAUGACACGCAGCAGAAGAAGAAGAGCGGCGGCAGCCAGUCGCAGGAGGCCAAGUCUGAGCCCUCCUCGAGGGCGACCGGCUCGCUGAGGGCGACAGGCUCGCUGAGGGCGCGGGCAUCGCAGAUUGUGCUGUCGGACGACAGCGAUGAAGAAGAGGCCAUCGAGGAGACGCUGGCUGAGGCUGCGCCGGUGACGCGCAUCAGGGGCACCAGAAGCACGGCGACCGAGUCGCAGAGUACGGGGCCGACGUCGAGCCGCAGCCAGGCGACUGGGCGUACGACUCAGGGGAAGAGGCCUGCCGCGGAGGCGUCGAGUGAACCGCCGGCCAAGAGGCCACGGCCUGUGCGACAGAUUGUCGAGGUUCGCGAUAGCGACGAGAGCGACGACGAGCUGAAGUUUAAGUUUGGCCGACGGCGGUAG